AUGAAUAACGGUGCACUCGUCAUUCGCGGAGGGAAUGUUUCAUCGCGAAAUGUAGACGGUGUCGAUUUUGUUGUGCACCCAUGUAUUGUCCAUCUUUUUGAUUCUCACGAGAUCAUGCCACCUCGUCCAGCCAUUCUGCGCCUCCGCCGCCAACGGAAACUCCGACUCCGUCAAGGAAGCUACGUACCAACGGGUCGAGGUCUCUGUGCCCAUGCGUUGAACUCGACAGUUCUUCCAGCGUUCUGUUACGCAGUGGAGACGUGGGCGAACAACGUUGCAACAUCUAAGAAGCCACUUAUCACCCAUAGAGAUGUCUUCGGGACUUUAACCGGCGCACACAACAUAUAG